AUGAAGGCCGGCCAGUGGGAUCCCAAGCAACAAAAAGUGGUUAUUAACGACGUACCGAAACCAUCUGCAGCACCAAAUCAAUUUCUCGUCAAGAUCCAAAGUGCCUCACUAUGCCACUCAGAUCUAAUGAUGUCCAUGCGCCCUGACUAUCCCGUCACAAUCGGGCAUGAAGGCGUCGGGCACAUCGAAGCCAUCGGCUCCUCCGUUCCAACCAAAGACCUCCAGGUCGGUGACGCAAUUGGCUUCAAUUACUUCAUCGGCUGUUGCUUCGAAUGCGAUGGCUGCAUGGUGCACAACCUUCGCUGCGAGACAGGCAACCAAAAACUACAGGGUUUCGUCGCCGACGGAUAUUUUGCCGAGUAUGCGGUAGUGGAUUGGCAAAAUGCAGUAAAGUUGCCACAGAACCUGGAUAUGUCGAGGAGUGCACCGCUGUUCUGUGCGGGAAUCACAGCGUUCCACAGUGUGGACAGCUGUGAGUUGAAGGCAGGUGACUGGUUAGCUAUUAUUGGGUGUGGAGGGUUGGGACAAUACGCUAUACAGUAUGCUAAAGCGAUGGGCAUAAAAACUAUCGGCCUCGAUAUCAACGAUCACCAACUGGAUAUGGCAAAGAAGGUUGGCGCCGAUGCCGUUUUCAACUCCAUGACGAAUAAGGAUUAUGUCGAGGAGAUCAAAAAUCUCACUGGCAAAGGCUGCCAUGCGGCUGCUGUUUACAGUGCAUCAUAUGCAGCAUACGCAGGUGCAAUCGAAGUUCUCCGAAUAGGCGGUUUGCUGAUGGUGAUUGGCAUUGCACCCAAAGGUCUAGAGUUCAUCAAUACGUUCGAUUUAACCACGGGACGGUACCGCAUCAAGGCUGAUAGCACGAGCAUUCCUCAGCGAAUGAAGAAGGCAGUUGAUUUCACAGGGAAGCACAGCAUUCAACCGGAAGUAGAAUUCCGCAAGAUUGAUGAUCUGCCUCAGAUGGUCGCAGACAUGGAGGCCGGAAAGGCGGAGAAGAGGCAAGUGGUGGUAUUCUAA